CACUUGUACCUUUGUUAUUCAUGUAAUUUUCAAUGAAUAUAGAAAAAUUAGCGUCACUGUUUUAUUCCUUAUUUCUUAAUACACUGCUUUUUCAAAUAUGUAAAUAUUGCUUUUCGUUUGGUUUUUAUGAGCCUUUUUCCAAACUCUAUUAAAAUCAUGAAAUUCAGUUAUCUUCGCAUAGAGACUUCUUUUUUGCCUGGCACUAAAAGGGUUAACUAUCAUUCAUGAUUAAAGGCAGUAUUAAAGUCUAUUUAAUGAUGAUUCACAGACAGGAGACGGACGAUGAUAUAAUAUCGAAGAAGUCGCUGCAGGUCGUGAAACUGAUCAUCAGCUUCCUGAAAGAACAUGCCAGGGAGGAGGGUUUGUUCCGGCGCGGGGGCCGUCGUGAUCUAAGAAGGAGAAUUUUAAAUUCGCUGAAGAAAGGCGAGAAGCCUUACUUGGGGAACAACAACGUCGCUCUGGAAUGCGCGGCAGCGUUGCAACUUUAUCUGGGACAUUUGAAGAAACCAGUCAUGCCUCAACACAUUCAGCAAUUAUUAUUGGGUAAUCGUCAAAUUUGAACAGGCUCGUCUAA